AUGUUGUAUCAUCUUGUCACUGCCCUUUCAUUUGCUGCCACGGUACCCCUGGCCGCCGCAUACCCUAUUACCGGCGAUGGAGUCAACUGCCGCUCUGGUCCCGGCACAAGUCAUGCCGUGGUCAAGUCUUACCCCAAAGGACAUGAGAUAUCAAUUGUCUGCCAAGCUGCUGGCACCGACGUCAAGGGAGAUAACCUCUGGGACAAGACGUCCGACGGCUGCUAUGUCGCUGAUUACUACGUGAAGACCGGUUCCACCGGCUAUGUCACUAAGCACUGCGAUGGGGGCAGUGAUGGCGGAAGUGGCAGUGGCAGUGGCAAUCUUCCCGGACUCACUGCUACUCAAUCCUCUCACGCCCACAAGAUUAUUGACGAAGCAAAGAAGGAAGGCCUCGGUCGUCAAGGUUGUCUGGCUGGUAUUGCAACUGCUCUAGUGGAGUCUAACAUCUUGAUCUAUGCCAACAGCAAGGUCCCCGCGUCCCUCAACUACCCUCAUGAUGCCGUCGGCCACGACUACGACAGCGUCGGCAUCUUCCAGCAACGCGCUGUCUACUACCCCAAUAUCGCCGCAGAUAUGGACCCUGCACGUUCCGCCUCCCAGUUUUUUGCCAAGAUGAAGAAUAUCAGCGGCUGGAAGACAAUGGAUGUCGGCAAGCUUUGCCAAAAGGUGCAGGUCUCUGCGUAUCCUGAUCGGUAUGCGCAACGUGUCCCAGCUGCUGAGAAGAUUUGCUCUGCUGGGGGACUGUAG